AUGGGGGAAUCGGAGGACCAUCCACGGUCUGGCUAUGAGCGCUUGACUGCGGAGGAAAUGGAUGAACAGCGCAUUCAGAAUGUGGCCUAUCAGUACCUGUGUCGCCUAGAAGAGGCCAAGAGGUGGAUGGAGGCUUGUCUUAAUGAGGAACUUCCUGCUCCAACAGAGCUGGAAGAGUACCUGAGAAAUGGGGUCCUUCUGGCAAAGCUGGGUCACUGCUUCUCGCCUAAAACAGUUCCACUGAAGAAGAUCUAUGAUCUCGACCAGGAGCGUUACAAGGCAAGCGGGCUGCAGUUUCGCCACACAGAUAACAUCAAUCACUGGAGGAAUGCUAUGGCGGAGGUUGGAUUGCCUGCGAUCUUCUAUCCUGAGACCACAGACAUCUAUGACAAGAAGAACAUGCCGCGUGCUGUGUACUGUAUUCAUGCUCUCAGCCUCUACCUGUUUCGCUUGGGUCUUGCUCCUCAGAUCCAUGACUUGUGUGGCAAAGUUAAGUUUACAGAGGAAGAAAUUAACAACAUGAAACGAGAACUGGAUAAAUAUGGCAUUCAGAUGCCUGCGUUUAGCAAGAUUGGUGGGAUCUUGGCCAAUGAGAUGUCUGUGGAUGAGGCUGCUGUGCAUGCAGCCGUCAUUGCCAUUAAUGAGGCAGUGGAGCGGGGCUGUGUGGCAGGCACUGCUCAGGCCCUGAGGAACCCCAAUGCCAUGCUCACCAACCUACAGGACCAACUGAUGCCCGUGUACCAGGAGAUGCUGAGACAGGCUCGCAUGGAGAAAGCAGCUCGUGCGUACAGCAAGAUUAAUGGUUCAGAAGAGAAAGAUAUCUAUGAAGAAUACCUGACCCAGAGUGAAAUACAGGACAAUAUCAACAGGGUGAAUGUGCGCGCGGCAGUGGAGCAGGUGGAUGAGGCUUUGGAGUGUGGGGAUGCACUGACUCUAACCUCUGCACUGCAAAACCCCUGUCUUGCCCUCCGGGGCCUGCUGAGAGACAAUGGCCCCUGGUACCUGGAGCAACUGGGCGCUGACCGUGAACGGAAAGCUCUGGACCUUGGCUCAGUGGAACCACUUGACCGUGAUGAGCUGCAGGAUGGUAUUACAGUGGCAAACGAAGAGGCCCAGCGAUCAGAAACAACGCAACAGGCAGUGGUUAAAAUCAACGAGGCCUUGAGGCGAGGGGAGCCCAGACAGACUGUGCGCGCCCUAAUGAAUCCAGAUGCUCAGCUGCCCGAUGUCUUCCCCUUUGCCGCUGAACUGUACCAGAGGGAACUUUCCCAGCUGCAGCAGCAGUGCCCAGAGGGGGCGCUGCAGCAGGAGGAGCUGUACGUUGCCGUGGAGAUGCUGUCAGCCGUAGCUCUGAUUAAUCAGGCAGUGGAAGCUAAGGAUAUUGGGGCAUUCUGUGCUACACUCGUUAGCCCUGCUGCAGGACUGACUGAUAUUGAUGAUAGUCUGUUUCAAAGAUAUUUUGAAGAACUUUGUGACCUGAAGAGGAAGGCAGGCAGAGCUUUGCUGACAUGGAACGAGCUACAAGCUGGACUUAAUGCUGUCAACAUGGCAGCACAGGACGAACAAGACCAAAUACUCACUAUUGGGCUGAUCAACCAGGCGUUGUGUCGUGGUGAUCCAGACAAAACUGUGGCUGCAUUGAUGCUGCCCUCUAGUGGUCUGACUGAAGUUCACCCACAGAACGCCAGACGUUACCAUGACGUCCUGACUCGUGUAAAGAAGCACAAGGCAGAGAUGAGUCGCGAUCCUGGAGCGGAACUGUGGUUGGCUGAAAUUCAGGAGGGGGUGCGACUGGCUAAUAAAGACACGCAGAGAGCAAUGAAGAUGUCUCUUGGUUUGGCUGCAGUAAACCAGGCCGUGAAACAGAAAAAGGCGUUCCAGACCUUGCGAGUCCUGCAGCUGCCGGAGGUGGCUCUGCGGAGUGUGGUGGUGGACUGUGCAGAGGGGUAUCAGAGCGAGCUCUCAGCUCUGCUCAGUGCUAAGGCUAUGGGAGGUGAUAACAAGAGUCCCUGGGUGAAGACUAAGAUCCAGGAUGGUGGUUCCUAUUACUUUCACCUGCAGAAACUGGAGGGAACAUGGGAGAGGCCUAAGGGCUUUGUCCAAAACAGCACAUUCCUGGGUCAUGAGGAGAUCCAGGCGGUGUUGAACAGCGUGACUGCUGCUCACAGUAGGGAGGUGCAGUGGAAAGCAUACGAGCCCAUGGUGCUGCAGCUCCAGGCCAGAGCCCGAGGCUUUCUCCUCAGACAGAAACUUGGGGCUCGACUCCACUUUCUCAAUACCCAACUGCCUGCUAUUAUCACCAUCCAGUCUCACUGGAGGAGAUUUAGACAGCAGAGAGCCUACAGGCAAAGACUGCAGUAUCUGUAUCAAAACUGGAGGGCUGUGGUCAAGAUCCAAGCCACUGCAAAGAUGUGGUUAGCCCGUCGGAAAUAUCGUGCUCGUCUCCGAUACUUCAGGCGAAAUGUUUGGGCCGUCAUAAAAAUUCAGGCUUUUUUCAGAGCUAAUAGAGCUCGUGAGGAAUACAGAAUGCUAGUGCACUCCAGCAACCCUCCUCUGUCUGUGGUACGUAAGUUUGCUCACUUGCUGGAAAUGGGGGACAAUGACAUCCGUCAGGAGGCGGAGCUGCUGCGUCUGAGGGAGGAGGUGGUGCGCACCAUCCGUGCCAACCGUCAGUUGGAGGCCGACCUGGACCUGAUGGACCUGAAGAUCGGCCUGCUGGUCCGGAACCGUGUGACUCUGCAGGAGGUGGUGUCUCACUGUAAGAAGCUGACCAAGAAGAACAAGGAGCAGCUGUCAGACAUGAUGGAUGUGGAUAAACACAAAGGGCUAAAGUCUUUGAGCAAAGACAAACGGGAGAAACUGGAAGCCUAUCAGCACCUCUUCUAUUUGCUGCAGACUCAGCCGUCGUACCUGGCCCAGCUUAUCUUCCUCAUGCCACAGAACAAAAGCACACGUUUUAUGGAAACAGUCAUCUUCACCCUCUUUAACUACGGCUCAGACCGCAGAGAGGCCUACCUGCUCCUGCAGCUCUUCACUGCAGCCCUGCGUCAUGAGAUCAAGCUGAAAGUGGACCAGCCUCAAGAGGUGGUGACGGGGAAUCCAACUGUCAUAAAGAUGUUGGUGAGUUUCUACCGUCAUGCCAGGGGCCAGAACGCACUGAAAGACAUCUUGGGCCCUGCUAUUCGAGAAGUGCUUCAGGAACGGACUCUGAGCAUCCGUACGGAUCCAGUGGAGAUCUACAAGAGCUGGAUCAACCAGACAGAGUCCCAGACCGGCCACAAGAGCUCUCUUCCUUAUGAGGUGAGUGCAGAGCAGGCCAUGAGUCAUCCCGAGGUGCAGCGACGUCUGGACAUCGCCAUCACAAACCUGAAGACUCUGACUGACCGCAUUCUCAACGCCAUCACCAGCAACCUGCAUAAGCUGCCGUAUGGGAUGCGCUACACUGCCAAAGUCCUGCGGGAUGCCCUUCAGGAGAAGUUCCCUCAGGCUGGUGAAGAGGAGCUUUACAAGAUUGUUGGGAACCUGGUGUACUAUCGCUACAUGAACCCAGCGGUGGUGGCACCUGACGGUUUUGAUGUGGUGGAGUUUGGUGUGGGUGCCGCCCUGCUGCCAGACCAGCGACGUACCCUGGGCUCUAUUGCCAGAAUCCUGCAGCACAGUGCUGCCCACAAACACUUCCAUGGCGACAGUGCCCAUCUCCAUGCCCUCAACGACUACAUCACCCAAACCAAUGCCAAGUUCAGGAAGUUUUUGCGUGCUGCCUGUGACGUUCCUGAGCCAGAGGAACGCUUUAACAUGGAUGAAUACUCUGAGAUGGUCAUCCUCAACAAGCCUGUCAUCUACAUCUCCAUCAGUGAACUUAUCAACACACACAAGCUUUUGUUGGAGCAUCAGGACUCCCUUUGUUCGGAUCAGUCAGACCCCCUCUUUGUGCUGCUCAAGGACCUGGGUGAAGCACCAAGCAUCCAGGAACUCGUUGGAGGAGGGGUUUUUAACUCUGGAGACUGCAAUCUAGAGCAGACAUUGGCUCACUACAGUAAAAUGGAGAUGUCCUUGACCCUCACCAGCAAGUUUGACGUCUUCAGAAACAUUGACGACAGGCCAGAUGCCAGAGGCAUUCUUCUCAGCACCAAACAACUGAUCAUUGAUGUGAUUCGGACCCAACCUGGGGACACACUGAGCGAGGUUCUUAGGUCCUCUGUCUCUCGGGAUCAGGAAGCACAGCAUGGCUGGAUGAUGCAUCUGCGAGCUCAGCGAGACGCUCGCACCCCGGAGAAGAUGAAGAGGAAUCAGUCCCUCAUUGCAGAUGGCAAUCUGUCCCUGGAGGAGAAGAAACGUAAGAUACAGCGUAGCCUGAGAAGACUGGAAGCUCUGGGGGUGUUGACCCCACCUGACUCGGAGACUCAGAUCCUCCAGCUCAUUGCCAAGGACAUUCGCCACCAACGCCUGUAUCGUCAGCGCAGGCAGGCAGAGCUGGUGAAACUCAGGCAAACGCUUCACAGUCUACACUGCAAGAGCUCGUUCCAUAGUGAACAGGUGGACUACUACAGCCAAUACAUCACCACUUGCCUGGAGAACCUCACAGCCAAGAACGGCAAAGUCAAUGGGAAGAAAACCACAGACAAUAAGGGAAAGAAGACCAAGCAGCCAACGCUCACCUACACAGCUGCUCGCCUGCAUGAGAAGGGAGUCCUUCUCGAGAUUGAGGAUCUUCCUGUCACACAGUUUAAAAACGUGAUCUUUGACAUCGUACCCAGUGAGGAAGGGGGCGCGUUCCAGGUGAAGGCUCGCUUCAUGGGCGUAGACAUGGAACGUUUUCCUCUAAAAUAUCAGGACCUGCUCCAGCUUCAGUACGAGGGUGUUGCCGUGAUGAAGAUGUUUGACAAAGCUAAAGUCAAUGUCAAUCUGCUCAUCUUCCUUCUCAACAAGAAGUUCUUCAAGAAGUGA